GCCAGAAAUGCGCUGCGCCAAGGAGGAGCAAAAAAUCUAAAUUUCUACAGUUAUCCUCUGAUCUAAACUCGUCGAAAAAGAUGCGGACGCUUACCUAUCCGUCCUUGCUAGCCGCCUCCGAAGCCAUCCGUGUCCUUCCCAAGCAGCCGCAAGAAGCACCGACAAAAGCCUUUCUCGCCUCCUCUAACAGCAAGGAAAGCCACAUCCCGAAGAACGCGACGGACACCACGGGAUUCCACUACACGGACUGCAUCAACGAUGAACUGCUUGUCAACGGGGACAAGACGGGGAAUCCGCUCGCGUACUCCGAAGCCAGUCACCCGAUCUCAGUUAUCCGCUACGACAAGGAGGUUCCAAAACCCAAGCAGGAGGCGAUGACGCACGACGUGUGCUUUAAGUUCUGCAAAUAUCCACAGGAAAUUUCCCGUACACGUGCAAGAAAUGCUGUCUCUGCAUGACAAAAGUUGGCUUUUGUCCUAGUUUAGCAUGACAGGUUUUACACUCAAGUAGUUGCUGAAGUUUGUGAUGCAUCUUGGACAUGUACGGUGGAAAUUUGUAUUGCAUAGGAAAGAUCAGGAAUACAUGCAGUAUUUCGGCUUGGUCCGCGGAAACGAGUGCUACUGCUCGCCCUACUUCGUGCAAGCCGCGGGGAGCAGUCAGGACUGCAACAUGGCGUGCGAGGUAGUGGAGUUUGAUGUUUUGGGACUCGUCAGCACCUUGUAACGACGUUUAUUGCAAGAUCGGGUCGUGGUGACAAAUUUAGAUUUUCUGAAUUGUUCAGUAGAGUUGUCGUUUUAAAGAUCCGUAAACCCAAUGGAGACUUUAUCUAUGUUUGGUAAGGCAGUUGCAUGGUAGAUGCGGACGAUCUAAAAUACAUUUUCCAAUUUCAAAACUCCAGGGCAACGCCGGUGAGAUGUGCGGUGGCCAGACCAAGGCGUCGGUGUUCGAAAUGCACGGCUGCACGCCCCCGCCAGUCAUGAGUGCGGACAUCGUCCAGAGCUUUUUCGCCACGGCCGAAGAUUUAAAGUCCGAUUUAGACACGGCCCUCGACACCGCAAAGGACCUGAUAUGCACUGCAAAAGUAUCGUACUACGUAUAAACUGCAUGACAAAUCUCCUCAACAUGAGAAACGAAAUUUGUGAUGCGGAUUUAACUUGCCAAGAAAAUUUGCAAUGCAUAAAUGCGAUAGUAAUACUUUUUCAAGGCAUAGCUGAUCACCGCGGGCAAGAAGCUUGCGGACGCGCAGGGAAAGGUCGGCAACAUAUGACAAUGCACAACGCCCCCUCCCCCUCAUUUGUAAUGCGAAAUACCCAACUUACGCCGUGCGUCUAGGCACUGUUUGCAUGAGAAGCUCUGGCACUGUUUGCGUGACCGCUUGUAUAAUUGCUGUUCAUGCAAUACAAAUGAGGAAGUAGAGUUCAUCUUGCGCACUGUCAUACAAAAAGAUUGCGGUCCAGCACCACCAGGAAACCAUGGCCUCGCAGAACUUUAUAUGCGUUGCAAAUAUGUCUGGGUCUGGAAGGAUGGAACUUGUGAUGCUGUGUUUGGAUUCUAAAAAAGAUUUGCAUUGCAUGACAAGGACAAGCAAGGGGAGUCCAGUUUGUGCUACGCGGGGAGGGCAUUUGUCAUGCGGAAUAGGCAUCAGGAAGCCUGCCAAAAAUCUGCGAUGCUAGCUCAUGCAUUACUACAAGCAUCGUGGGUCAUGCAAAACAUGCAUGACAAACCUUGCACUUUUCCAGAGCCAGAUAUUUUUGCAUUUCAUACUUUAUCGCGGGGAAGAUUAAGAACAUGCCGUUCGACAGUCUGAAGGACUACGAUUUGCUGAAGGUGAAGACGUACGCAAUGCAAAUAUGUCUAGGUCUGGAAAUAUCAGUCAUGCUUGUCAGGCAUGACUGAAAAGUCUGUCAUGCUUGGUACACUACAGUGCCACUUGUUUGUCAUGCAAAAAACCAUUUGUGAUGCGAUUCACGCUAGACAUAGGCGCUCAGAAACUUGUCAUGCGCAGCCCCCUGAUACAGAUUGCGUAUCAUCCGGGCAUUAGCAUUACAACUUUCCAGACCAAGACAUAUUUUUUUGCGCUGCAUAAAACCGGAAAGUACCAACAGUCCGCGGCGAAGGCGGGCGCCCAAGAGCUCGUGGAGAUGACUCGGGGGUUGAACGCCACGGCGCAGAAGGUGCUCUUCGACACGUGGAGCAUCGAAAAGGUCGCGGAAUCUGUGUUCCCGAAAGAAAAGAGCUUGGCGAAGGGACUGGGGGCUUUGACGUACAGAUUUAGAUCUUUUUUGAUAGUUCCUCCCCUCUGUACAGCUACAUCGUACUACCUCCUGAUUAAGAUUUGCUAACCUGUUAUAAACCAAUGUUCAUGAACAAAUGUGAAUUUAGAAGAUCUCGCACCAUGCAUUACUUAACAUACUUCCAGCCACUACACUUCCGCCGCUGUGGUCGAGGGCACGGAGGAUCCCGCUGACGCCUCCUGCGACGGCACGGUCAUCAUGCCAAUCUCCGCUGUGGUCGACGGCGCGGAGGGGUGUGCCGCACUCUGCCGAAAGACGCUGGCGCCGAACACGUGUGUGGGCUUCCAGACCUACAACGGGUACCUGGACGCGAAGGCGGGCGAGGUACAGCACAGCAUCCGUUGUAUCUUCAUUCGUGAUCGUGUUUUGCAAUACAAAUACCACCUAUUAUCGUGUUUUGCAAUACAAACCAAUCAGGUUAUGUGCUUGCUGUUCAGCGAAAUCAAGUCCGCAGUCAAGUACACCGGCACCGACUGUGGCACCGCCGCCUCCGCCAGGUGUGUAUCAUGAGCGAGACGUGUCGUGGUUUGAAAUUUGUCAUGCGGCUUCGGAGAGAGACCAAAGAUUUGUCAUGCUAGAAUCGACAUCACACUGUUUUCUGCCGUAUCGAAGUUGGUUUGUUUCCGAUUGAGUAUACUUUCUUGUCCCAGACCACCUCGACUGGUCGAUCUGUCGCUGCUGGAUUAGUUUAAGUUUUUCGACGUAAGCCGCAUGACAGAUUUUUGAAAAAGUACAUGUUUUUCCAUUCCAUACUUGAUGAUCCCGAUUUCGUCCGAACCGCUGCGCAAGAGCUUGACGGAUUCCAUGGACACCAUCUCUGCUUUAUCCGCAGUAAAUUUCCCGUACACGUACAAAUGCAGUCUCUGCAUGACAACCCUGGGCUUCGAUCCUAGUUUAGCAUGACAAGCGCUACACUCCAAAUUGGUGAAAUUUGUGAUGCAUCUCGUACAUGUACGGGAAAUUUGUAUUGCAUAUGAUUGUAUGGCCAAGAAGGAAGAGCCCACGACCACCACUACUACCACCACCACGACGACUAUGGAGAGAAAAAAGUUUGUCACAGUCACUAACUUGCAGGUUUUGCAUUACAAAUUUUCUCAGCACCUCAAACUUUCCUUGUAUUGCAGAAACACUAGGGAAAUCCCUAAUGAAGUUUGUCUGUGAUGCAUUUUUACGCAAGACAAGCAAUUUUGUAUUGCAAGAAUGCGCAUGAGUGAUCGUGACGAAUUUUUUUUCUUUGAUAACGACCACCACCUCUACCACCAUGCCCGAGAAACUCCGCCUGAAACAGUGCGUCCCGAUAUUCAGUGCAACUUUGCGGCUUCGGUAUCGGUGCACCUACCCGAUGUUGAAUUUGUCAUGCAUGUCCAGGAAAAAAUCUGUUCUGGGACGCUGCAGUCUCGAUCACUGAGGGAGAAGAGCAAGAUGUUGACCUAGAAGUUGCAUUGCAUACCCUACCAAACCCACCGCGGGCGCGUUCACCGACAACCGGUACAACUACUUCGUCCAGGACAAUGUGCUCACCCAGAAGGCCAAGCGCGGCCCCUUCCAGGUCCACGUGGGCACGUGGGAUGAGGAAUCCCAGAGCUUUCCCAACGGCUCCAAGCUGUGGUGCCCGGGCGGCCGGAAGCGGUCCGCAACGAUCAAGAAGGGCCCGGACGUAUCAAAUGCAGAAAUGUCUGGGUCUGGAAUGUUGCCGGGUUUGUCAUGCAUAUUUUGCAUGACUCCUGACGUCUGUGAUGGAUGCCCUAGCUUCACAGAUUUUGUGAGGGCUUUCUGAUGCCUAUGCCGCAUGAGAAAUGCCCUCUCGCCGGGGCAAAAGCUGGACCGCUUCUGCUGUUCAUGCAAUACAGUAGCAUUCAAAUGCAGCAUCACAAGUUCGCAUCCUUCCAGACCCAGACAUUUUUGCAGUUCAUAGGACGGCUGCAAGCAGAGCUUCUUCUCGGAGCCCAGCCCCUGCAAGUACGUGAUGCAUGUGUGCUGCUAAUGCUAAAAAUGGAAGUGCACAUCUUCACCUACAGCAAAAAACGUACGUACGAUCUGUUUUUCUCUCCUUGCGCACCAGCUUUUACAACAUUUUUCAUCUUGUACGAUGUUCAGACACGAUUUAGAUUUUUCCAGAGCCGUAAAAUGCACGUCAGUUUCAUGGAAGAGUUUUAACUUUUCAAGAAAAGAACAAGCUUCAUCAUCUCAUGAAGGGGCAAUGACGCAGUAGCUUUAUUCGAUUCAUCUUUUUAGCAAACCAAGAGCGUGCUUCUCUCUUGUUCCUCACAUUCAGAUAAUAUUUUCAAACAAUGGCAGGUCGUAACGACAAAUUCUUUUACUGAUAUUUUCAAACAUUGGCAACUCAGUUUCAAACUAAUAUUUUCAAACAAUGGCACAUUUCUUGGGUAUUUGGGUAUGGUGGGUUUCACAACUCCUUUUUUUGUAGAUCUUGACUUAUCAUGGCUACAUCGCUAAACCAGGUAGAGAUAUUUUCAAACAAUCGGCAACAUCAUUUUGUUCUGAGGUAACAAGAUUUGCUCGUCGGAUGGAAGCGUCUAUGUCUGCUGGAAGAUGAAGAGGUUCUCUGAUUUUGGAGCGUCGGUUUUUAACAUGCUGGCGGGAAAAGCAAGUAACGAAAAAAAAAUCAAGAAGGAAGUGCAAGACGUAUAUGAUAUCGUGCAUUCAUCGCAAAGGUCAAGGUGCCUAGUACACCAACAGCUCUGAUGUCUCACAACCCGUGCGUUGCGGUGCGAUGAUCAGACCGUGCAGCGAGAAUCACUGUUGCCACUGCUUCUGGCUCAAGAUUGUGAAGAAGAUCAGAAAUAAAGGC